UAGUGGGACUGGCCAAAUGUACCACCACUCCUGCCCGCCUCACUCGAUCAACAAAUCCUCGUUGGAGCUGAUGCCCAUGGCCUCGUCCAUCCGCAGCCAUGAUCCCUGCCUCUAUCAACACCUCCGCUUCUCUACCCAUCUUCUUUCCCGGCGGACUAUGAGCUCCUGUCUCCGCAUCCUAAAUCGCUCACUCUGCUGUCGCUGCAGCAGCCGCUUUCGGGGCAACAGCUUUAUAGAAAGCAGUGCUGAGAAGAAGCAGCCAAUGGAAUUAAAGAAGAACGCUAAGGCCCGCUUACGCCUACGCUUAGAACACCAGGUGGAGUUCGGGGAGCACGUCGCUGUUCUUGGCUCGACCAAGGAGUUUGGGACGUGGACGAAGCAGAUGCCGAUGCAGUGGACUGAGGCCGGAUGGGUAUGCGAGCUUGAUCUGCGAAAGGGUGAGGUUGUGGAGUUCAAGUUCGUCAUAAUAACCAAUGGGGGGAAGGGGAUCAUUUGGGAGGAAGGGGAGAAUAGGGUGGUGGCUGUUCCGGAGGAUGGGGUUUAUGAUUUGGUUUGCGGAUGGAAUAAGAUGGGAGAGAUACUGGAUCUUAUGGCGGGGGAUAGUGAGGUGGAAGUGGAAGGUGGUGGAGAUGGAGAUGGUUCUUACAUGGAAUAUAAUGGGGUUAUUGCAGAGGCAGAGUCUACUCUUUUUACGGAGCAGUGGCAGGGGAGCCAAGUUUCAUUCAUGCGGUCCAAUGAGCACGGUAAUAGAGAGAUGGAGAGGAGAUGGGACACUCAGGGGCUUGAUGGCCUUGCAUUAGAGCUGGUGGAGGGAGACAAAAAAGCUAGGAAUUGGUGGCAAAAGGUGUGUAUUUUCUUGUUUAUGUGGAAAUUCUCCUGUCAGCCAACUAUAAGAACAGCUAAGAACAAGAAGAAGCAAGGAAAUAGGAUAUUUAUUUAUGGGCAAGAGAAGAAAAUAAAGCUUUUAACAAUCUAUCUCUUCUAAUAGACUUACAACUAG